AUGUCUUCUGGCGCGAGUGCAUACCACGCCUCCUCUACCCAGGAGGCCAUCCAGGCUGAGAAGGACUUCGCUGCCCACAACUACCACCCUCUGCCCAUCGUCUUUGCCCGAGCCCAGGGCACCUCCGUUUGGGAUCCCGAAGGUCGUCACUAUCUUGACUUCCUGUCCGCCUACUCGGCUGUGAACCAGGGCCACUGUCACCCUAAGCUGGUGGCUGCCCUUGUUGACCAGGCCUCGCGGUUGACCCUGAGCUCUCGUGCCUUUUACAAUGACGUCUUCCCUCGUUUCGCCGAGUUCGUGACCAAGUACUUUGGCUUCGACAUGGUCUUGCCCAUGAACACUGGCGCGGAGGCUGUCGAGACUGGAAUCAAGAUCGCUCGCAAGUGGGGUUACAAGGUCAAGGGUAUCCCCGAGAAUCAGGCUCUGGUCUUGAGUGCUGAAAACAACUUCCACGGACGUACUUUCGCUGCCAUCUCUCUGUCGUCCGACGCUGAGUCGCGCGAGAACUAUGGUCCUUACCUGCCCAACAUUGGAUGUACCAUCCCCGGAACGGAGAAGCCUAUCGCAUACAACGACAAGUCGGCGUUGCGCGAGGCUUUUGAGAAGGCUGGCCCCAACCUGGCUGCCUUCUUGGUCGAGCCUAUCCAGGGUGAGGCGGGUAUCGUCGUCCCCGAUGAGGACUACCUGCAGGAGGCCAGAGCUCUCUGUGACAAGCACAAUGUUCUCUUGAUCUGUGAUGAGAUCCAGACAGGUAUCGCUCGUACAGGAAAGCUGCUGUGCCACGAGUGGAGUGGAAUAAAGCCCGACAUGGUUCUGCUGGGCAAGGCUAUCUCAGGUGGCAUGUACCCCGUGUCCUGUGUCUUGGGUCGCAAGGAAGUCAUGCUCACCAUCGAGCCUGGCACGCACGGCUCUACUUACGGUGGUAACCCACUGGCCUGUGCUGUUGCUCUCCGAGCCCUCGAAGUUGUGCGCGAGGAGAACAUGGUCGAGCGGGCUGAGACUCUGGGUCACGUCUUCCGUAACGGCUUGGAGGCCAUCCAGAGCCCUAUCAUCCAGACUGUGCGUGGCAAGGGAUUGCUCAACGCCAUUGUUAUCGACGAGUCCAAGACCAACGGACAUAGUGCAUGGGAUCUCUGCAUGCUGAUGAAGCACAAGGGUCUCUUGGCCAAACCCACUCACCAGAACAUCAUCCGCCUGGCACCUCCACUCGUGAUCACCGACGAUGAGAUCAAACAGGCACUUGAGAUCAUCAAGUCGGCCGUCACCGAGCUUCCGAACCUCAAGGGCGCUGCUGAAGACCAGGUAAUUCCUCCUCCGGAGAAGAAAGUCAAGAUCGACCUCGAGAACUAA